AGUCGUUUCGCAUACCGCGAAAACCUUGUAGCCCUAAUAUCAGCUCCGUUGGUUGAAAACGAAUCGACUACGAAUCGCCCGAGUUAAUGCCUUCCAACGCUGGCAACUAUAAUCCAGUCUUCCCUAUGUCCACUAGGAACAGUCCUCUCUACUGAGAUUCUGGCUCACUCAAUCCCCUCCUGCUUCACUCGUCGUCGUCACCUACGAAUGACUAUCUAGUCCCCUUCCUCCCUAUAUUCAAGGAAUUCGAUCCUCCCGACCGAUAAAAUUUACUCCCGUGUCUCUACUUCGACAGCCUAUCUAACACAAUACCGCAAAAAUGGCGCUCGUCAACGUUCGUCGUGAUGUCACCGAUGCCUUCUAUCGCUACAAGAUGGAAAGAAUUCAGACUAAGAUUGAAGGCAAAGGCAAUGGUAUCAAGACUGUCGUCGUCAAUCUGAGCAGCGUUGCUCAGUCUCUUGCCCGCCCUGGGUCAUAUGUCAUCAAGUACUUCGGAUUUGAGCUUGGCGCUCAGACCAAUAUUGACCCUCCGGAUGACCGCUGGAUCAUCAACGGUGCUCACGAGGCUUCUAAGCUUCAGGACCAUCUUGACGGCUUUAUCAACAAGUUUGUCCUCUGCAAGAAGUGCAAGAACCCCGAGACAGACGUUGUCAUCAAAGAUGGCCACAUCGUACUUGACUGCAAGGCCUGUGGCCAACGCACCGACGUUGAUCUUCGUCUAAAACUUAGUGGCUUCAUUCUGAAGAACCAGCCUAGGAAAGGCGGCAAGAAAGACAAAGCUGAACGCAAGGCCGCUCGUAAGGCCAAGCAGCAAGCUCUGCAGAACGGCGGCAAGGAGAACGGCCAGGGAAGCGGCGGUGAGAAUUCCGAGAACGGUUCCAACGGGAGCGGUGACAAGAAUGAAGACGAGGACGAUGCUGGUAGCGACGAUGAGUUCACUCGCAAGAUCAAUGCUGACGCCCAAGUUAUUGACGCCCCUGCCGUCGUCAGAGAUGACGACUGGGCCGUCGAUAUGUCCGAGAAGGCCGUCAAGGCCCGUCAGAGCCAGCUCCCCAGCGAGUUCCGUCAGAAACUCGUUCUUGGUGGUGCCGAGGAUGAUGACGAUGAGGGAGAGAGCGGUGGUCACACCGUCUACGACACCCUGGGUGACUGGAUCCAGGAGGAAGCUGCCAAGGCUGGUUGUAUUAACAAGGUUGAUGAUAUUCAAAUUUAUGUGAAGGCCAAGGAACUUGGAAUCGAGACCAAGCACAAGACUGUCUUGGUUUUGGUCCAGACUCUGUUUGAUGAGAACAUCCUCACUCAGAUUCCCAAGCGCGCUGCAAUGCUCAAGCAGAUUAUAACGUCGGAGCGUCAUGAGAAGGCCUUGCUGGGCGGUCUCGAACGUUUCCUUGCCGCUCAGGGCAAGGAGCACCCCGAGCUGCUGACCAGUGAUAAGAUCGUCAAGAUCCUUCACCAAUUCUACGACAAGGACCUCCUCGUCAGUGAGGACAUACUCAAGAAGUGGGGAUCCAAGGCGAGCAAGAAAUACGUAGAUCUUUCUACUUCCAAGAAGAUCCGCCGCGCUGCCGAGCCCUUCAUCAAGUGGCUAGACGAGGCUGAGGAAGACUCCGACGAGGAGUAGGUAGUGGACAUAAAUUGCACGUGUUAGCUGUGAUUCGGUGGAUACCAUUGGUAGAUUGUCGAUUUGAUUUCCAUGCUUGAUUCUUCUCUGCGAUGUGCUUCCGAGGUUCUCCUUUCGUCAUUGGCUUCAAAAAAAAAGUUUUGCG